AUGGCGGACCAAGAGAACUGCGCGAGAGUCACUCGCUUAUCGAAGAAGAGGGCAGCAGAGGCAGUGGCUUUGGGUGAGUCUCAACAACCGCCUGCUAACAAGAAGAGAGUAGUGUUGGGGGAGAUUAAGAACUUGUCGAAUGUUGUAGCUAAUCAGGUUCAGAAAGUGGGUUCUGAGCCUCGGAAGCCCAGAUGUAAGUCGAAGAAGUUCAAGAAGGCAGUGACAACGACGACAGUGACGGAAAAAAUUGAUGAGGAGAUCAAUGUCAAAUCGGAUGAUCCCCAAAUGUGUGCAGCCUAUGUUUCUGACAUAUACGAGUAUCUUCACAACAUGGAGAUGGAAGCAAAUAGAAGACCAUUGCCUACUUACAUUGAGAACGUUCAGAAGGAUGUGACUGCUAACAUGAGAGGAAUUUUGGUGGAUUGGCUAGUUGAGGUAGCAGAGGAGUACAAGCUUCUUUCGGACACACUGUAUCUCACAGUUUCUUACAUGGAUAGAUUCUUAUCGAUGAAUGCUCUCAAUAGGCAAAGGCUUCAGCUUUUGGGUGUCUCUUCAAUGCUCAUUGCCUCUAAGUAUGAAGAAAUUAGCCCUCCCCAUGUGGAGGAUUUUUGUUACAUCACUGAUAAUACAUACACUAAAGAAGAGGUGGUGAAGAUGGAGGCUGAUGUACUCAAGUGUCUCAAGUUUGAAAUGGGAAAUCCGACAAUUAAGACAUUUCUCAGAAGAUUCACCAUGAUUGCUCAAGAAGAUUAUAAAACUCCCAAUUUGCAGCUUGAGUUCCUGGGGUACUACCUAGCAGAGCUGAGUUUGUUAGAUUAUGGUUGUGUGAAGUUCUUACCUUCUAUGGUGGCUGCAUCUGUUAUAUACCUUUCAAGGUUCAUGCUCCAACCAAAGUUGCAUCCUUGGAGUUCAGCCCUGCAACAAUAUUCAGGAUAUAAACCAGCUGAUCUAAAGGAAUGUGUGCUUAUUAUUCAUGACUUGCAAUUGAGUAAAAGAGGAAGCACAUUGAUGGCAGUGAGAGAUAAAUACAAGCAACAUAAGUUCAAAUGUGUAUCAACAUUGUCUUCUCUGCUAGAAAUACCCAAUUCCUUCUUGGAAGAUGCUAAAGAAUGACAGAUGAUAUCAGCGUUUAUGGUUUGAAAUUUUUAGGAGUCACUUAUGAUUCCCCUUGAGGAUAAAGCUUGGAAGCAAAGAUGCAUGUCUGUGCAUUCUUACACUGGAAAAUAGGUUUAUACUGCUUGAUGAAGAGGUUUUCUAACUGGUUUGGUUAUUCUAGGCUGCUGAUUUUCUAAUCUGAUUUAGUGUUGGAUAUGUACAUACAGAAUAUGAAUGGGGUUACUAAGAUUACCAUGGCCAGUUUUUUCCUCACAUGACUAGAAGGCUCACAAUUUCUUAUUUGAUACCAUGGAUUGUGUAGACAUUACUUAAUUGGGACUGGUUCCCAUGAUGAAUGUUGUAUUGCUAUGGCAAUGUGUGUUUGGAAAUUGGAAUAUUCGUUUGAGAUUUUGG